AUGAAACUACUCUACCCUACCUCAGUCCCCCUUGAGGUUGAUAACCUCAAGGGCUUCUCCGUUUCCAUUCACCCUUAUGAUGUGAAGGCCCCCAUCCCGGAGGAGCUUAUCGACGCCGACAUCUUGGUAACCUGGGCGAAUGCCGCGGACAACCUGAAGGAUGCGGCCAAGCGCAUGAAGAACCUUCGAUGGAUCCAAUCCCUUGCCGCCGGUCCCAAUGAUGUCUUGAACGCUGGUUUCGACACCUCUCGAAUCGUUGUCUGCACCGGCGUCGGUCUGCACGACCACCCCGUGGCCGAACACGCUCUCGGCCUCCUCCUAAACAGCGCUCGGCAUUUCUACGAGAUGCGCGAUUACCAGCUCCAGAGCAAAUGGCCCGGUCACCUGGGUGGCUCCUUCCCUCGCAACGAUUUCACCACAUUGCAAAACGCCAACGUGCUAGUCUGGGGUUUCGGCAGCAUCGCAAAGACACUCACCCCGCUUCUGACGGCCCUCGGAGCCAACGUCCGAGGUGUGGCCCGCAGCUCUGGAGUCCGCAACGGUGUCGAGGUCUUCAGCGAAGACAAGCUCCCCGAACUUCUUCCCAAAACAGACGCCCUCGUGAUGAUCUUGCCCGGCUCUGAAUCGACAAAUAAUGCUUUGAACGCCGAGAGGCUUAAGCUGCUUCCCAAGCACGCCUGGGUUGUCAAUGUGGGUCGGGGAACUUCGAUUGACGAGGACGCUUUGGUGGACGCCCUCGAGCAGGGCGAGAUUGGUGGUGCCGCGCUCGAUGUCUUCAAGACCGAGCCGCUUCCCGAGUCUAGCCGCCUCUGGAAGGCGCCCAAUCUGAUCGUCUCACCUCAUGCGGCGGGCGGCAGACCACAGGGAUGCACUGAGUUGAUUGCGGAUAAUCUGCGACGAUUCCUGGCGUCACAGCCCCUCAGAAAUGUGAUUUAA